AUGUCCCAAGACAUGUUUAAUCAAGGGUUCGGAGCCCUGGCACCGCCCAAUCCACGCAGAUUGCCUUUUGAUUCCAACGAGACCGACUCUUCAUUAUUCCUCCCUCCUCCGCCACCCCCUGCCAAAGGCCACCAACGAUCCAGAACCACCACCGAUCUCCCUCCGCUAUUUACCCGUACUCAGUCUUCGUCACCUACGAGAUCCUCUGCAUUUUCCUUCCUGCGCCCUCAAAGCACCCGUUCCUUGUCUCCGGAAAGGCUCAGGCCGACAGAGACGACUGAGGAUUCUGGUCCGGCACAGUCGCCCACAAAGAAGAGACCGGGUGGAUUGGCGAGUUGGUUCGAGGGGUCUUCGGAGCCGGUCAAUAUAACUCUGGUGCCAUCGCCUCGCAAGGAGAAGCUGGAUCCGCUACGUGAGGUCUCUGCUACCGAAGAAGCUUCCACCAUGAGUCCGGAUUCUGUGGACGGGAACUUGACACGACGGCCAGAGAAGAGGCCCGCUCUGACAGGUCCGACUGUCUCAACCAUGUCGAAGUUCAACAACAUUUUCAGGAGGAGUACCGUGACACUGAAUACCCCGGAGGAUCCGGAUGAGUUGGUCCAGCUUGACAUCGAUGAGGCUCUCUUCCCGUCCGGACACCCUGGUGAAUUCUCCCCUGCAGCCUUCAAGAAUCUGCAGCUCAAUGCCGAAGGGACCAUCCGUCGCUUCCAACAAGCAUACAAAGAACAACGACAGUCUCUCAGAUCAGCCACGUCGACCAAAAAUGUCCAGGCAGAUGAACUCGAGGCGGCCCAGACGAGAAACGAGCAUUUAAAAUUACAAUUGCAAGAAAUGGCAGAACGAGCAGCAGAGCAAGAGAAGUUGAUUGCAGACCUGAGGGCGCAGCUGUCUGCACAAUUAUCCUUCGAAUCCCCACAGGCGAGCGUUCGUAUGGUGGCCCAGGACAUUGAUCCUAAACGCCGUCCCAAAUACCGCCGCUACCGCUCGUCCGACGUCUCCACGUCCGGGGAAUCAGAAGCUGGGUCUGAAGUGAGUUCGGUAGUCAGUGUCUUUUCAGAGGCAUUGUCAGCGGCGCCCUCUCAAGCCACAUCGAUCGCCAGCCCGGUCCUGAAGUCCACCAGCUUGGCCAGAGACGAUUGCCCCAGAUGUCAUGGGUUACGACCUUCAGAUGCGUGGGAUGUGGUUGGCAUGAUGAAGGAGGAGUCGGCAGCUCUCAAACACCGCAUCGCCGAACUGGAGAGUGCACAGGACGACGCGCUGGAUUUUCUCAGCGGGCUGAGGCUAUCCUCGUGA